GUUCGAGAGGCGGAAAAAAGUUAUGAAAGGAAAAAUAAAUCCUCCGCCGACGGCGGCGAAAGGUGCUCAUCCGUUUAGGUUGUAGUUGGCGAACGGCGGAGCAAUAGAAGAAGAAGAAGAAGGGAUUGUGCAAAAUGGGGCUCUAUAUGCCCUUGUUUAAGUGCAGCACCACCUUGAGAACGCUCACUCAACUCCAUGCCCACCUCCUCGUUACUGCCCUUCAUAAAGACGCACUUGCUUCCACAAAGCUCAUCGAAUCAUAUUCCCAAAUGGGCGAUCUUCAAGCUUCAAAAUCCAUCUUCCGCACCUUCCACUCUCCCGAUUCCUUCAUGUGGGGUAUGCUUCUUAAAUCCCAUGUCUGGAGCGGCUCUUACGAGGGAGCCAUUAAUCUCUAUCACCAAAUGUUCUGCCAACAAAUUCAGUUCAAUGCCUACACAUUCCCGUCCGUUUUGAGAGCUUGUUCUGGGUUUGGCGAUCUGAGUGUUGGCGAAAGGGUUCAUGGAAGGGUUAUAAAAUCUGGGUUUGAUAUGGAUCCUGUUGUGGAAACCUCGUUGCUUAGUAUGUACGGGGAGUUGGGGUACUUAGACAGUGCUUGCAAGGUGUUUGAUGAAAUGCCACUGAGAGAUUUGGUGUCUUGGAGUUCCAUUAUUUCGUGUAAUGUUGGGAAUGGAAAGAUAAUUGAAGGUUUGGAUACUUUUCGUUGUAUGGUUUCUGAAGGUGUGGCACCGGAUUCUGUUUUGAUACUCACUGUGGCUGAGGCUUGUGGUGAAUUGGAAGUUUUGAGGCUGGCGAAGUCUGUUCAUGGCUAUAUCUUGAGAAUGGGAAUUGAAAGUGAUAGGUCUUUUGAUAGUUCGUUGAUUUUUAUGUAUGCUAAAUGUGGUAGCUUACACAGUGCAGAGAUUUUAUUUGAGAAUGUUACUCACCAUUGCACUUCUACUUGGACUGCAAUGAUCUCCAGCUAUAACCAAGGUGGUUACUUCCAGGAAGCAUUAGCUGUGUUCGCUUCGAUGCGAAACACUGAUGUUGAACCAAAUUCUGUGACUAUGAUGGUUAUUCUACGUUCUUGUACUAAUUUGGGUCUUCUGAGAGAAGGGAAAUCUGUUCAUUGUGUUGUCAUAAAGAACGAAUUAGACACUAACCUUGAUUGUCUAGGACCGACUUUGCUCGAACUGUACGCCGGGGCUGCAAAACACGAUCACUGUGAGAAGAUACUUCAUGAGGUUGGAGGGAGAGGAAUUGUCGUUUGGAAUACGCUCAUUUCGGUUUAUGCUCAAAAGGGGUUGUUGAAGGAGGCACUUGUUCUCUUUGUGAGGAUGCAGAAACAAGGGCUUAUGCCCGACUCGUUCAGCCUGGCGAGCUCUCUUUCUGCUUCUGGAAAUGAAGGUAUGUUUCAACUGGGACUGCAAAUACAUGGUCAUGUUAUCAAGAGACCUUUCAUGGAUGAAUAUGUUCUGAAUGCACUAAUAGAUAUGUACUCAAAAUGUGGCUUUGUAGAUUUAGCAUACAUGAUAUUUGAUAAGAUGGAACCAAAAGGUGUUGUGACAUGGAAUUCUAUGAUCUGUGGGUUAUCUCAGAAUGGUUACUCGACUAAAGCUAUCAGUUUAUUUGAUCUAAUGUAUUUGACUUGUCUCGAGAUAGGGGACGUUGCCUUCGUUGGUGUGAUUCAAGCCUGCACCCAUUUGGGUUUUCUAGAGAAAGGGAAAUGGAUCCACCACAAGGUUAUCACCUUUGGUGUUAGAAAAGAUCUUUAUAUUGAAACAGCUCUAGUUGACAUGUAUGCAAAGUGUGGAGACCUCCAAACGGCGAGGCGAGUUUUCGACAAUAUGUCGGAGAGGAGCCUAGUGUCAUGGAGCACUCUUCUUUCCAGCUAUGGUGUGCAUGGUCAGAUUAGUGAGGUUAUCUUCCUCUUUUCGAAAAUGCUUGAAUCAGGAAUUAAGCCUAAUGAUGUUAUUGUCAUGAAUGUUCUUUCAGCUUGUAGUCAUGCUGGUUGUGUAAAAGAAGGGAUGCUCUUCUUCAGCUCCGUUCGGGAUUUUGGAAUUGAGCCCAAAAUCGAACACUUUGCUUGCAUAGUCGAUCUUCUUAGUCGUGCAGGUGACCUUGAUGGAGCAUACAAAAUAAUCAAAUCAAUGCCAUUUCCAGCAGGUGCUAGCAUCUGGGGUUCUCUGCUAAAUGGUUGCCGAAUCCACCAGAGAUUGGACAUAGCUAAGAACAUCCGAAGCGAACUGUUGAACAUUCAAACAGAUGAUACUGGAUAUUAUACAUUGUUAUCAAAUAUAUACGCAGAAGGGGGAGAAUGGAACGAGUUUCGGAAAGUUAGGUCGAUGAUGAAGUGUACAGGGCUGAAAAAGGUUCCUGCAUACAGUGUACUUCAGCUUGGUAAGAAAGCUUACAGAUUUGGAGCUGGAGAUGCCUCUCACUCUCAAACAAAGGAUACGCAUAGAUAUAUAGAUAACUUUCAGAGAUUUUCUCAGGAAGAAGUUAAUAAUGUACAGCCACAUUGUUCAUUGCAUGAUACGAGUUCUUAUUCAGAAUACAACUAUUCAUCAUCUUAUUCUAUAGUUUAGACACCUUCAUUGUUCUUAUUCCUCGACUCCCCGGGUUUCCGAGCAUAAUCAAUCUCAAAAGAGUACAAACCUUGAGAUUCAAUGGAAUAAUGGCUUAUUCCAAGCCGUUCUAUCGUGUCGGCAAGGUAGAUAAGUUUAUCAGGUCCCUACUGAUACCAUCUGUGGAGGGUAUUCUUUCC